CCUGCACACCCUUUAGUUCAAACACCUGCACAUCCUCUCAACUCUUUAGUUCUAUUUUAACUUUAGGGUGAGGCUUUUAGGAACUCAUCUGUCCCGGUCCCCCAAUCAGCAGGAAUAGGUCGCGCGGCAAACAAGCUCAAAGAACCAGUACAGUUCGUCACCAUGUCCGAACGAUGCGCGUUCGAUACUAAUGUCGUUACCCUCACGAGAUUCGUGCAGGAGGAGGGAAGGAAGGCGAAGGGAACGGGAGAACUGACCACCCUCCUCAACUCUAUCUGCACAGCCGUUAAAGCUAUCUCCACCGCUGUCAGAAAAGCUGGGAUUGCCAACCUCUAUGGCAUUGCUGGGAGCACCAAUGUGACCGGUGACCAGGUGAAGAAGCUGGAUGUUCUGUCCAAUGACAUGGUCAUCAACAUGAUCAAGUCCUCUUUCACCUCCUGUGUCCUGGUGUCAGAGGAGAACGAGAGGGCCCUCAUUGUGGAGCCAGAGAAACGGGGAAAAUAUAUUGUGUGCUUCGACCCACUGGAUGGCUCGUCAAACAUUGACUGUCUUGUAUCAAUUGGAACCAUUUUUGCCAUCUACAGAAAGACAACAGAUGAUGAGCCCAAUGAGAAGGACGCGCUGCAGUCUGGACGUCACAUUGUUGCUGCCGGUUAUGCCCUCUACGGCAGCGCCACCAUGAUGGUGCUCUCUACAGGUCAAGGGGUCAACUGCUUUAUGCUCGACCCUUCUAUCGGGGAGUUUAUCCUGACAGAUAAGGACGUGAAGAUCAAGAAGAGGGGGAAGAUCUACAGUCUGAACGAAGGCUAUGCUCAGCACUUCUACCCAGACAUCACAGAAUACCUGAAGAAGAAGAAAUAUCCAGAGGAUGGGAGUGCCCCCUAUGGUGGGCGUUAUGUUGGCUCCAUGGUGGCUGAUGUGCACAGGACUUUGGUGUACGGAGGAAUCUUCUUAUACCCUGCCAAUGUCAAGAGCCCCAAGGGCAAGCUGAGGCUACUGUAUGAGUGCAACCCCAUGUCUUUCAUCAUCGAGCAGGCUGGAGGCAUGGCCACCACGGGGGAGAUGAAUGUCCUGGACAUCAAGCCAGAGAACAUCCACCAGCGAGUUCCUGUGGUCCUGGGCUCCCCUGAAGACGUCCAGGAGUACAUCGCCAUCUACAAGAAGACACGCAUAACUGGGCUGAUCUAGCAAGACAGGAUAGGGGAGAGAGGAGAGGAGUCCAAUUUAGAUGAUUGGGAUGCAACCCUUCAGCGUCUUACUGUUUGGAUCCCUGAACUAAGAGACCCCUCAUGGACAAAUAUUAGGCCUACCUCAGCCUUAUGAUGUAGUAUAUUGUAGGGUUGUUGUGCCAUGUGUCAUUUGCACUGGUGGACCUAAAAUAUGUUUUGAAUAAAACCCAAUGUUAAAAUCC